GGAUGAAGUGCGAGCUCCAAUUCCUCAAAAACAGGAAAUUUUAGUAGAGCCUGAGCCCUUGUUUGGAGCUCCUAAAAGACGCAGACCUGCACGCUCGAUAUUUGACGGCUUUCGGGAUUUUCAGACAGAAACCAUUCGACAGGAACAGGAGCUACGAAAUGGAGGGGCAGUAGAUAAGAAACUCACUACUUUAGCAGACCUCUUCAGACCUCCCAUUGAUCUGAUGCACAAAGGCAGCUUUGAAACGGCCAAGGAGUGUGGUCAGAUGCAGAACAAAUGGCUCAUGAUAAACAUUCAGAAUGUGCAAGAUUUUGCCUGUCAGUGUCUCAACCGCGAUGUCUGGAGCAAUGAGGCUGUGAAGAACAUAAUCCGGGAACAUUUCAUUUUUUGGCAGGUGUACCAUGACAGUGAGGAAGGACAGAGGUACAUACAGUUUUAUAAAUUAGCAGACUUCCCUUAUGUCUCCAUCCUGGAUCCCCGGACAGGCCAGAAACUAGUGGAGUGGCACCAGCUAGAUGUGACUUCUUUCUUGGACCAAGUGACUGGGUUCCUGGGUGAGCAUGGACAGCUGGAUGGCCAUUCUACCAGCCCUCCCCAAAAAUGCUCUCGUUCAGAGAGUCUCAUUGAUGCCAGUGAAGACAGCCAGUUGGAAGCUGCUAUCAGAGCCUCGUUACAGGAGACGCAUUUUGAUUCCUCACAGGCCAAGCAGGAGAGUCGGUCAGAUGAGGAGUCAGAGUCAGAGCUUUUUUCUGGAAGCGAAGAGUUUAUUUCAGUUUGUGGAUCUGAGGAGGAGGAGGAAUCGGAGAAUCCUGCCAAGUUGAGGAAGUCUCCGCACAAGGACUUGGGGUAUAAAAAAGAGGAGAGCCGGAGGGCUCAACCUGAGCCCCCUGCAAGGACUGAGCCUGGGACAACAUCAAAUCACAGAGUACUGCCCUGCAUUGAUGCAGGGAUGCUGGAGGAGUCAACUGACAGACCUGAAAGUACAUUUCAGGGCCUAGAUGUGAAUGGACCAAAGGCACAGCUGAUGCUAAGGUAUCCAGAUGGAAAGAGGGAACAAAUUUCACUGCCCGAACAAGCUAAACUUCUGGCUCUUGUGAAACAUGUCCAGUCAAAAGGAUACCCCAAUGAACGCUUUGAACUUCUCACCAACUUCCCUCGAAGGAAACUCUCCCACCUGGACUAUGAGAUCACGUUACAGGAGGCAGGCCUGUGCCCUCAAGAGACUGUCUUUGUGCAGGAAAGGAAUUAGCACCGUGGCCUGAGUUCUCCCAGCCUUCCUCCCCUCUCCUCUUUGCCUGGGACACCAACUCAUUAAAUAUGCAGUUAAGGGUCAUAAGAUUGCAGUGCUGAAAUCAGGCAGGCAGCUGGCUGGCCCUUCUCUUCCUUCUUCCCUUCUCCUGCUCUAGUGACCAAAUGAGAGUGUUCAGAGUUUUAUUAUCUUCCUCAGCUUGGGCCCUGCGGAGAGCAUUGGGAAGAACAUCUUUCCUUUGUUUUCAUGGAAUAAAGUAAAAUGAUGAUCUGCGUAUCCAGUAUGCUGGGGCUUGGAGUGGCCAUAAUACACAUACCCUUCUCGCUGCUAUUCUUAAAUCUGUUUUGUUUAAUUUAUUUUGGAAAAUAGUGUGUGAUAAGGCACUGAGUCACCUCUCUGUAAGGAGAGAGUGUAAUCUUCAGUACAGCCUUUCCUUUGUUUUCAUUCUCGACACGAAAGGUCUCCAUUAACCUUACAGCCUUCUCAAGGGUUCACUUAUCUAGCGUUCUGCAAAAACUUGGGUUUUGGGAAGGAGUUGGGUUGAGCUGUGGUGAGAUACUCUGCCCCUGUCUAAUUUAAAGGCUUCUAGAUUGCAUGCAUGGUUUCCUCCUGCUUUAAAUGCUGCCAGUGGAUAUAG